GCUCAGCUGUUGUUUACCGACAAAUGCGUGUCAAAGAAACUAAAGGAAAGAUUGCAAAGCAGAUUGGAUUGGUGAGUAAGAUUCAAAGUUUUUUUUCACAACUCGUCGUCAACGAUUAUUAUAUUUUACAUUGAACAAACAGUGCGCUCCAUUAUUAUAAAAAAAAAUCAUCAACGCUAUGGAGACUCACAAUAACAGUAACAAUAAUAAUAACAACAACAGCAAUAAUAAUAACAGUCACCCAUUAAAUAUAACUGUUAAUUAAUCCAAGAGUGUAUAACACCAUAAACCAGCCAAUAGUUAUAAUAAUAAAAGUAAUAACAAUAAUAAUAAUUACAAUAAUAAGAGUAACAACAACAAAAACAUAGACCUGAAUGUGUUGUCAGUAAAAUAAUAAAAUAAUAACAAAAUACAAAUCGAUGGGGAAAGUUAUUAGAAGCAGGUCAACGAUGAUAUUAAAUAUUAAAGGAACGAGUAACUGACCUGACUUUCCUUAAAAAAUAAUAAAAGGAUCUAGAGGAACAACGCAUGCUACGUUAUUUUAUAACGCAUUGAGGUUAACGUUUUACGUUUGGCCAAAGGGACACUAAGGGUGCACUAUGAACGCAAGGACUCAGUUGUUUGAACUAAGCAUGGAGGGCCGUCAAGUUGAUGAAGCGGUUGCGAGUAUAUUUCAUAGUGUGCUAUUCCAUCGUAGUCUUGGUAAAUUUAAAUAUAAACAAGAAGGAAGUUACUCUGUAGGUACCCUGGGUUAUCAGGAUGUUGAUUGUGAUUUUAUUGAUUUUACAUACGUGUGUUGCUCAUCUGUCCAUCUUGACCAGACGUUAAAAAGAGAAAUUUCUGGUUUUUCGGAAGCGUUGAGAUCAACAGACAGUCCUGGAUCGGGACAAAUAUCACUAGAAUUUUUUCAAAAGAAAAAGAAUCGUUGGCCUUUUCAACCUGAGUGUAUACCGUGGGAAGUAUGGACUGUUAGAUUAGAACUUAUUAAAUUAGCAACUGAACAUGAAAGACAAAUAUGCCGUGAAAAAGUUGGUGAUUUAUUGACAGAUAAAAUAUUAUAUAUUACUGAAGUUAUGAAUCGUCAUGAUUAUUUACCGAAAAUGCCGAAUCAAGCUGAGUUAGAUCUCAUUUUUGAUACCUCAUAUCCUGAUGUUCAGCCUUAUUUAUUUAAAUUGUCUUUUACUACAUCCGGUCCACCGAGCACGACCAUGGGUAACACCAUGAAAAAACUCAUAAAAGAAACUCUAGCUAUUUAGUUAUGUAUUAAUUAUUAUUUAUUAUUAUUAUCAUUAUUAUAAUUCAUUUAAAUACGUUAUUACUUUUUUUUUAACGUCCACAUUAUUACAAUUUAUUGUCAAACUGUGACAUAUAUUUUUUAUCAUAAAUUGGUGUGCAUUAAAUAAUUAUAAAUAGUAAUAAUAAUAAUAAUAAUAAUAAAUAAUUAAAUUAUUCUCAAUAUCCAACAGUCGUUAAAAAAACGAUAAAUCCUGUAUAUUUAUCAACUGAUUAGUACAAAUAAUAUAUAAAUAUAUGAAUUGCUUAAUUGUACUUGUUUUAAUGCCGAUUGCAUAAAAUACAGCAGAAUAUUAUUUUUUUUUUAAUUUAACGAAAUAUUAUUAAUAAUUAUAUUGUAGUUGUCUUUAUAUAUGUCGAAUUAAUAUUAAUAUAUAUUUAUAGAUCGACGGGUUGUGUAUUCUAAAUAAAAAAUGCGGAUUUUUAUGGAUAAGUAGAGAAAAAAAAAAGAUUGAGAUAAAAUAUCAGUGUAAUAACUUUAUUUUGUCAAAUGUUUGUUAACCGGAAGUACUUUGUUUAAACCUAAAGCAAAUAUAAUUCGGAAAAUUGUAUUGUAUCCACUCAAGGAUAAAUGGAAAGUUUAAAGUUUAAAGUUAAGCUUUGAGUUAGAGAAUGAAGAGAUAAAAGCCACGAGAAAUAUAUGUAUAAUAUAGUACCUAUAUAUGUACAUACAUACAAUAAUAUAUAUCUAUAGAUAUAUUUGAUUUUAAAUAUAAAUACUAAUGUUCAAUAUAUCACGGAAAUAUUAGAAAAAAUAAUAAUAAGUAAAGAUAAUAUAAUAAAUUGCGUGGAAUAUAAAUAAUAGUUAUAGUUUUGCGUUAAUUAUAAUCAAACAAUUAAUUAUUUUAUUAAAUCAUUGUCAUAAAUUAUUAGUUUUAGGUAAUAGCGGCUGUUUUUAUAUGUAUGUUAAAGAGAUAUACGCAAGCUUAACGAUUAUUUAAUUAUAAUAAACGUAAUUUAAUCUUGUAUCCGCGACGUAGAGUUAUUUUUAUUAAAAAAUUGUUUGUUGCAAUUAAUUGUCUGUUAAUUAAUUUUUUUUACAUCGUCAAUCAUGUAAAUAGCAAUACAUUUUUAGUCGUUUAAUUAUAAAAAAUGAUUUAUUAUUGUAUGAUAAUAUUAUAAUAUAUUAGUAGUAAUUUGUUAAAAAAUUAAUAAUAAUUAAUUGAGUGCCCUAAUACUAAUCAAAAUUAUCUUUUUCACUGUUUUAGUGUAUGAAAGAUUGCGUGGACUUUGUGUGUGAAUAAGAUAUAUAUUAAUAUUAUUAUUAAUAAAUAAUUGUAAACUUGUGACAUAUUUCGACGUCUUAGAAUUUAAAAUCGGCUGAAAAAUAAAUUAAUUUAAAAGUAAAUAAUUAAAAAAUUUUUAAUCAAAUCGAAUGAAUAAAAAUAUAUGAAUGCUAAUGUAUAAGUAAAUUGUAAAUGAAACGAGAAAAAAAAAUAUGAAUGAUUAAUAUUAAAAUGCAGGCUAGUGUUUUUAUUAGAAGUGUUCUUCGGUUUAAAAUCAAUUUAACUGUACAGAUUAAUUAUAAAUUUUAAAAAGAAAAGUUAUUAUUAUAUUAAUUAUAAUAUAAACUAAUUAUAGCGAUUAUUAAUUAAAGU